AUGUUUAUUAGUCUAAAUUAAAUAUAAAUAUAAACAAGUCUAGAUUUUUUAUUUCGUAGAAUAACUGAAGAUUUACAAUAAAAAAAGCAAGCAAAUGUUUUUUAAAAUCAAAAUGGACGCUCCUAUUUACAAAAUAGGAUUAAACACACAAAGAAAUUCCUAACUCAUAGCCCAAGCUGUCUAAAAAAGUGGUGGAAGUUCUGUUAUGUGAGAGAUAAUGAAUGCGAUUUAUAGUUGCUAUGGAUGGACAUACGACUGAGAAAAAAAACUAAAACAUCUCCAAAAUUAUGA